CAUCAACAUGAGUGCACGGUACGGUACGAUUAGUGGAAUGCUGGGCCUCGUGGAGCCCGCCGAAAGCUCAGCAGCAUCCUCGAUGGAGAAGAUUGAAGUGCUUCCGGAACCUGCAAGAAGAACGCGCAAAAGAGAUAGCCUUCGAAAGAUUAGCGUACGCCAUCUGGUGAGCAAGCUGGAAACCCGCGCAGCAGAAACGUUGGAGCGCAAUUUCGGGGGUCGAUUUUCGGGCCGCGUUCGGAAGGGAAAGCUUGAAGAUGAGGCGACACCGAGCGCUACAUCCAGUUCCAGCGGUGGCGUGCCAGUGCCAGAUCAGCCUUCUAGCUCAAGCGCCCGCACCUGGUAUAUGGUGCCGCUUUCCGCGCAAAAAAGCUCUUCCAACCAGUCCGCGGACUGCUCGGCUGCGGCAUCGUCUCUCUCGCUCAGCUCCAGCAUGGCUACGGACGACAACAACAGUGACAACAGCGAUGACACCGACGUCCAGUGGGCCGUUAUCGGGCGCGAUAAGAUAAGCGCCGAUACGGCAGAAUUUAGCCAACGUUUGUCGACUGAAGAGGCCGGUAUGAAGAAGACACCUGGCACCCCUACCGUAGAUCGGGAAGAUUCUGGUCGGUGGAGCAUCUGUUCUGACUUUGAGAGGGACUCUCUACCGGACGUGGACGAUGUGUGUGAUACGUGGAACGAGUUCAUCUACUUGCGGCUUUCGGAGGAAAAUGCCAAGCAUCUAAACUCUUACAGUCCGGACUUUGAAGUGACACCGUUCGAUGAGUACUAUCAACCGGCAGAGGCGUCCAACACAAUCAUCUCGUUGCGUUUCACACCAUACGAACUGCAUCGGAUACUGCACGGUUACGAUCUAAUCGACCUAAGCAACGACGACGAAGAUGAUCAUGAUGAUGAUGUUCAAUCCCACACCUCCCAUUCUUCGACCGACUCCGAUAGCGUGUUUGUGGAUGCAUUUGUACAACAUCCCACCGACGUACGCAUCACCCCUUCGGUCGAUUCCCUCGACGAAGGUGUCGCAUUCCGAGACAGCCCGGUCGAGUCACCGGAACCGCACCAUCUUCCCAAUGAUAUUGACAUUAAAAUCUCGUUCCUCAUCGAAGAGCUGCUCGACACGGAGCGGAACUAUAUCAACACGCUCGAGAAGGGUAUCGCCACCUACAUAGAUGCCGUGUUUACCGACCAAACACCACCCGAACUGUGCGGCAAGAAGUAUCACCUGUUCGGCAACCUGCAGUACAUCUAUCGGUUCCAUCGAAAUGCCUUUCUACCGCGGCUGCUGACUGCGGGCAACGAUGUGGAGCUGAUUGCGGACGCAUUCGUGCACUUUCUCGACAACGACAGCUUUUACGGCUACGUACUGUACUCCAUGUACCACCCGAAGUCGCAGCGGCUGUGCGAGCAGCAUAUUGAGUUCUUUCGCCAGCAUCAGCAACAGCACGGCGAUAAGCUGGGGGUGAAAAGUUUGAUACUGCAGCCGAUACAGCGGCUGCCUCGGUACCAGCUGCUGCUGACGAGCCUGUUCAAGCAGCUGGUAAAGAAGCCGGGUGCGAUCAGCAGGAACACGCAGCUGCACAAAGUUUGCGUGGCGGAGAAGCGGCUGCAGACGCUGAUCGGGAUCAUGAACGAGUCGGUUACGGUCAACGAUAUUCUGCAGUGCGAAAAGGCUGAAGAUGAUGAGGUUGAGUUGGGCUUCGGUGUUCCCAAGCCAGCCAUCGUACUCAGGAACCAAAAUCACGACAAUCAGGUACUAUUCCUGUAUCCCAAGGACAACGAACAUGUGGAUCACAAUAAACCGAUCAACAUUCUUCACCAGGGCAAGUUCCGCAGUGUCUUUCCCGUGUUCAUCAACGAUCUCCGCCUGAAGCGCCAAUACCAGGGCCGUCUGUUUGUGUUCGAGCGUUGCGUGAUCUACACCGAACAGCUCGACCUCAAAUCUCUCACGUACCGUGGCCACUACACGCAUCAGGAAGUGGAGUUCGACUUUACCAACCGACAGAUCUUGAAGCUUUCCUCCCGCCGCCACGAACGGCUAGAGAUUGAGGUGAAGGUUAACAUACAGAGUCCAGGCAAAACGCACCUGCCGGACGUAAUGAUGGCGAUCAAGACGAUUAUCGAUCGAAGAGAUCAGCGUGAAAGCUUCGCAUUCGAUGGCGCUGCCGGUGAGGCGCUGGCAAUGCUGCGCGACACAUUCUCACGCCGCAAUUCCAGCUUCCGCAGCAGUUUCUCCAGCACUACGAGCGAUUCGAGCUUUCUGAGCGUGUUCAGCAGUCCGGCAGCAGCGGCUGCAGCGGAAGAGGACUCGACCGCUGCCGGCUCAGCGCACCGCGCCGGCAGUGUCCUGUCGGAGUGUGGGUCGAUCGAGACGAUGCUACACUUUCAGCAGCACUUCGAGCGUGCGCUGGACGAGUGUACGAAUCUUUACAUCCGCACGCUGCCGGAAGAUGUGGCCGGCCAGCUGGAAGAGAUGGUGGAGAUACUGGACGAGAUGUUGCGCAUUCAGCGCGCGAUCAAUCGGCGCCUGUUUGAGCAGGAGUUUGAGCGGCUCAGCUACGACAGUGAUCUGCAGUACCUUUGCUGCGUGUUUCGGGACUGCUUCCGGCGCAGCGAGUUCGACGUGUUUCUACGCUACGUCGAGCACGUGAAGACGGUGGAGUCGAUGCUGAUGAGCUUCGAGCAGUAUUCGAGCAGUCAGCAGAAGGGUGAUGGUGGUGGUGCUAAUGGGUCGACACUCACGAUCGAUGCCUUUCUCUAUCUGCCGAUCAAGUACGUGAACCGGUGUCAUCAGUUUUUCAGUGUUGCGUGGGCUCAGCGAGAGGAAGACCGGACAGACUGUUCCGAGUUUAAGACGGUCGAGCUGCGGUACGUGCACGAGCAGAUGGCGCUGGUGCAGCGGCGGGUCAAUGAAAACUAUCAGAUCCGUCAGCUGAUUAUGGAUGUGCAGUUUCUGAACGAGAUUGGACUGGUGAAGCACUCCGAGAUCGUAAAGCUGGAGGGAUCGUAUGCACUGUUCCGUUUGCUACUCACCAAAACAGGACUGCUCUGCAUGAAGAUCAAUGCUGAACAGCAUAAGGUGGAAACGUACAGCAGUGUCACCUUCUACUGUCCGUACACGAAGGUCUCGGCGCGUACGAGUAAGCGUAGCGGCACCGUCUGGUACGUCUACUUGGACAGUCGAAAAACGACACUGAUCUUCCCGUCCCGGCACCUGCGCUACCUCACGAUCGAGCAGUUCAACACGCUCUCCACCCAGAUGAAGCAGAAAGAGCGGGAAAAGCGACGAUCGUUCUUCUACGUCACCUGAAAAGAGGGUGAGGAGGUGACACUUGUCACAGGACACCGCAGGGCAGAGAUAUUGGAGGGCACGGUUUUAAAGCCUAGCAACUCCACACGCCGAAGAGAGUGAUGUAACCGAUAGUCAGCAAAUAAAUUAUUCUUUCCAUUGUA